AUGACACCAGCUGUGCGGCUCCUCGCUCGCAGCAGCCUCUGGGCACCACACACAGAACCACUGUCGAACAAUCUCCGCUACAGCACUUCUCCUCAACAGGAGCAGGACCCCACCAACCUGUACAUCUCCAACCUGCCCGUGUCCAUGGACGAGCAGGAGCUGGAGAACAUGCUGAAGCCUCUGGGUCAUGUGAUCUCCACACGGAUACUGCGGGACGCCAACGGGGUCAGCAGAGGGGUCGGCUUCGCAAGGAGCCUCCAACCUCCGUCUAGUCUGCGUUCUCCAGAGUCUGCGUUCUCCAGAGUCUGCGUUCUCCAGAGUCUGCGUUCUCCAGAGUCUGCGUUCUCCAGUGUCUGCGUUCUCCUGUGUCUGCGUUCUCCUGUGUCUGCGUUCUCCUGUGUCUGCGUUCUCCUGUGUCUGCGUUCUCCUGUGUCUGCGUUCUCCUGUGUCUGCGUUCUCCUGUGUCUGCGUUCUCCAGUGUCUGCGUUCUCCUGUGUCUGCGUUCUCCUGUGUCUGCGUUCUCCAGAGUCUGCGUUCUCCAGUGUCUGCGUUCUCCAGUGUCUGCGUUCUCCAGUGUCUGCGUUCUCCAGUGUCUGCGUUCUCCAGUGUCUGCGUUCUCCAGUGUCUGCGUUCUCCUGUGUCUGCGUUCUCCUGUGUCUGCGUUCUCCUGUGUCUGCGUUCUCCUGUGUCUGCGUUCUCCUGUGUCUGCGUUCUCCUGUGUCUGCGUUCUAA